AUUUAAAGACGUCAAGUAUGUAUGUAACAAAGAGUCUACACUUAUUAUAAUGAUGGCUUCGUCGUCGUCUCUUUCAAAUUUGUUUCUUCAGUUUUCAAUUCUACUUCUCAUUGUCCCUCUCAUAACGUUCUGCAAAACAUCAUCUUCUUCAAACCAAACACUCAUCUUCUCUCUCAAAACACAGAAGCUUCCUCAAUCUCCAUCGGACAAGCUUUCAUUCAGACACAAUGUCACUCUCACCGUCACUCUCGCCGUCGGCUCUCCACCGCAAAACAUAUCGAUGGUUCUUGACACCGGAAGCGAGCUCUCAUGGCUUCACUGCAAAAAGACUCCAAACUUGGGAUCCGUGUUUAACCCGGUUUCAUCCUCUACGUACUCCCCUGUGCCUUGCUCCUCGCCAAUAUGCAAGACCCGGACCCGGGAUUUACCUAUACCCGCCAUGUGCGAUCCGAAGACCCAUCUCUGCCACGUGGCAAUCUCCUACGCUGAUGCUACCUCAAUCGAAGGCAACUUAGCUCACGACACGUUCGUAAUCGGGUCUGUAACCCGACCCGGUACUUUGUUCGGGUGUAUGGACUCAGGUUUAAGCUCCGAUUCGGAAGAGGACGCUAAAUCUACCGGUUUAAUGGGUAUGAACCGGGGAUCUUUAUCGUUUGUUAACCAGCUCGGUUUCUCAAAAUUCUCGUAUUGCAUCUCCGGUUCAGAUUCGUCCGGUAUAUUGCUUCUCGGUGACGGAUCCUACUCCUGGCUCGGUCCAAUCCAAUACACUCCUUUGGUACUCCAAACGACGCCGUUACCUUAUUUUGACCGGGUUGCUUACACGGUCCAAUUAGAAGGAAUCCGGGUCGGGUCAAAGAUACUCUCUUUACCGAAAUCUGUAUUUGUACCGGACCAUACCGGAGCCGGUCAGACGAUGGUGGAUUCUGGAACACAGUUUACGUUUUUAAUGGGUCCGGUUUACACGGCUUUAAAAACCGAGUUUAUAACGCAAACCAAAUCGGUUCUCAAACUGGUGGACGACCCGAAUUUUGUGUUCCAAGGGACCAUGGACCUCUGUUUCCGGGUUGGGUCGUUGACACGGCCCAAUUUCUCGGGUUUACCAGUGGUUAGCUUAAUGUUCCGUGGCGCGGAGAUGAGUGUGUCGGGUCAGAAACUGUUGUACCGGGUAAACGGAGCCGGAACAGCGGGAAAAGAUGAGGUGUAUUGCUUCACAUUUGGAAACUCCGAUCUUUUGGGAAUAGAAGCAUUUGUUAUAGGUCACCAUCAUCAGCAGAACGUGUGGAUGGAGUUUGAUCUUGCCAAGUCAAGAGUUGGGUUUGCUGGUAACGUUAGAUGUGAUCUAGCUAGUCAACGGCUUGGAUUAAGAGAGUGAUAGGACUUUGUUUAGUCGUAUAUGUUGUGUGGGGAAUUGUUUUUAGACCAUAUAUAUAUGUAUACAUUUUAUAUAUUUUUCAGAGGAUUACAGCUUUAUACGAUGUGAUGUGGUUCGUCGUACGUAGAGUUUGGGAAUUUUUGUAAGAAUGUGUAUUAUAGGAAAUCUUCUUUUUGUU